GUCGUCGUCCAAUCUAGUCCUCGGCUGGCAGCCCUGCUCCCCGCACUGCAGACCCGUCCACGCCGCGGAUACACACAGGACUUUUACUGUCGUGCUAUUUUUGUCAAACAUGGUGAAAGUAACGACGGUGAAGACCCAGGCCUACCCGGACCAGAAGCCCGGAACAAGCGGCCUGAGGAAGAGGGUUACCGUGUUCCAGCAGAAGCAGCACUACACGGAGAACUUCAUCCAGAGCAUAAUCGCCGUCAUCCCGCCUGCCGAGCGCCAGGCAGCCUCUCUGGUGGUGGGAGGUGACGGCAGGUUCUUCAUGAGCGACGCCAUUCAGCUCAUUGUUCAAAUCGCCGCCGCCAACGGGAUCGGUCACCUGGUGAUUGGCCACAAUGGCAUCAUGUCCACCCCAGCUGUGUCCUGUGUGAUCCGCAAGAUAAAGGCAGUGGGCGGGAUCAUCCUCACAGCCAGCCACAACCCGGGUGGUCCUAAUGGGGACUUUGGCAUCAAGUACAACAUCUCCAGUGGAGGACCUGCUCCAGAGGGCAUUACAAACAAAAUAUAUGAGAUCAGCAAAGGGCUACAGGAGUAUCACAUCUGCCCCGAACUCAAAGUGGACGUAUCAAAGAUUGGCAAGCAGACCUUUGAUGUGGACAACUUCAAGCCUUUUACGGUGGAGGUCGUAGGAUCGGUAGAUGCCUACGCUGAAAUGCUGAGGAGUAUCUUUGACUUCCCUGCUCUGAAGGAGCUUCUCUCUGGAGCCAAUCACAUCAACAUCCGUCUGGACGCAAUGCAUGGAGUGGUUGGUCCAUAUGUGAAGAAGAUUGUGUGUGAGGAGCUCGGUUCUCCCGCCAACUCCGCAGCCAACUGUGUCCCGAAGGAGGACUUCGGCGGGCACCACCCUGACCCAAACCUGACUUACGCUGCCGACCUGGUGAACGCCAUGAAAAGUGGAGAGUAUGACUUUGGUGCCGCCUUUGAUGGCGAUGGUGACCGGAACAUGGUGCUCGGCAAACAUGGCUUUUUUGUGAACCCUUCAGACUCAGUGGCUGUUAUUGCUGCCAACAUUUCAAGCACCCCAUACUUCCAGAAAACCGGUGUGAAGGGUCUGGCCCGCAGUAUGCCCACUAGUGGGGCCCUUGACAAUGUGGCUAAAGCCCUGAAGAUGCCACUGUACGAGACACCCACAGGCUGGAAGUUCUUUGGGAAUUUGAUGGAUGCAGGAAAACUGUCACUGUGCGGAGAGGAGAGCUUUGGCACUGGCUCGGAUCAUAUCCGGGAGAAGGACGGCCUGUGGGCAGUACUUGCAUGGUUGUCUAUCUUAGCCAAUCGUAAACAGAGCGUGGAAGAUAUCAUGAAGGAUCACUGGCAAAAGUUUGGGAGAAACUUCUUCACCAGGUACGACUAUGAAGAGGUCGACUCAGACGCUGCCAACAAAAUGAUCAAGGACCUGGAAACGACAAUGUUCGAGCCAUCCUUUGUGGGAAAGAAGUUUUCAUCGGGGGCUAAGGCUUACGAGGUGGCAAUCGCAGACAACUUCUCCUACACUGAUCCUGUGGAUGGAAGCGUUUCCAAAAACCAGGGCCUCAGAAUGAUCUUCUCAGACGGUUCUAGGAUCAUUUUCCGUCUCAGCGGCACUGGCAGUGCCGGGGCGACCGUCAGGCUCUACAUAGACAGCUAUGAGAAGGACCCCCAGAAGAUUUACCAGGACCCUCAGGUGAUGCUGGCUCCUCUGGUAGACAUCGCCUUGAAGGUUUCGCAGCUGCAUGAGCGGACCGGACGCACUGGCCCCACUGUGAUCACAUGAUUCCGGUUUCACACUGUUUGGCAACCACUCUCGGUAACGACAACACCUCUUCUCUCACAGAUCAGUCUGCUGUAUUUAACUUAGUUAUUACUAAAGGGAACUGAACAGGAACCCGAGAAUAGACAUACACUGCCAUUGUAUGUUUGUGUGUGUCAUUUUCACUAAAAGGGAAGCCUUGUUGUGCUAUUUGACAUUUCAACAGAUAACGUCUAACAUUUCAACAGUGCAAAGUGUACAUAAGAGAAUUUAGGUAGGGGUUGUUUCAUUCUUUGUUGUUUUUCCUUCUUGUUGAACCUGGUGCCUUUCUCCUUAGUUCUUCCAAACCAACUGAAACCAUGAAACCCCAAAGAAAGUAACUUAAAAAAAAAAGGAAGUAUAAUGCACUAUUAAUAAAAUAAUACAUGCUGUCAUAA